AUGUUCUGGCGCAAAGAGAAGAAAGAGAAAGACGAGCAAGAUGGGGUACCUCGUCUUCGCGAGGACUCCCGUCCAGAGUCUUUGAAAGAAGACAUACCGCGUCACAAGUUGUCCCGCAAUUUGCAGAAACUUGUCGAUCGCGAGGACGACUAUUACGACGAAUUAUAUACGCCAUAUUCCGUUGACACGACCGAAACUCCAUACCGAUAUGCUGCCUAUGCCAAUCGAGUGCGAACCAUCCUACUCUCCGCUCACCGUUAUAUCGCAUACACAUCCGAUGUUGGAGAAUCUUUCCGGCCAGUUGCACAUCCUUACCUCGUUCGCAGCGCCUAUGCUAUCUCAUGGUCAUAUAUUCUCGGCGACGUCGCCCACGAGGGGUACAAAGCGUAUCUUCGGAAUCGGCGUGUGCUCAUACCGCCCGGAGAAGCAUAUAAAGAUGCUACCGAUCUCAAAACAAACCAGGUUGUGCGAGGCAUGACAACAGGAAACAUUGCCGGUCCACUGACCUCGGAAUCUCCCAAAUCAGACGUUGACUCCAAUUCUGACCCCUUGAUACCAUGGGCGUCGUCUCAAAUCCCAUUGAUUGAUGACUAUCGAAUGGUUAUGGUGAAGCGCGCCGUGUUUCAGAGUAUCGCAAGUAUGGGACUGCCUGCUUUUACUAUUCAUUCAGUGGUGCGCUAUUCUGGGCGUGCUCUGAAGAACUCUAAAAAUGUUUUCCUUCGCACCUGGGCUCCGAUUGGAUUGGGUCUAAGCGUUGUUCCUCUACUCCCAUAUCUCUUUGAUCAGCCUGUUGAGCAUGCUGUCGAAUGGUCAUUUCAAACUCUUUGUCGUGCUGUUGGAGGGCCAGAAGCAGUCCAGCCGCCUCCUCCAUCAAGUGAAUUACCAGCGAAGAAGACUAUGCCCUUGAGCUCGUUGCUGAAGCUACAAGAUGAGAAAAACCGCCACAAAGCGGAUAUUGAUCGCGGCAACGACAAGGCUCCUUCCUGGGAAGAGUACAAGGAAGAUAAGCAGCGACAAAGAGAGCAGCGCAAAACUGGAACCGGAGGCUGGUUCGGUUUUGGCAGUAAAAAGAAAGAAGAAUAA